AUGGCUGCCCUACCAUCCCCGCCCCUAUCCCCCCUGGCCGCCCCCUACCCACCUGGUCCAAACCCUAAAUCGCGGGCAGACGGCGACGGGAGGAUGACCAGCGGCGGCGAGAGGGGACCUCCCGGCACGGGGAAGACGAAGACAAUUAGCACUCUCCUGUGGUCCAUGAUGAUCAAGAAUCACCAAACACUUACCUGCGCUCCAACGAACACUGCAGUAGUGGAGGUUGCAUCCCGGGUCCUCGGCCUAAUCGAGGAUCCCUCUAGUGGCAGUGAAAAUAACUGCUUUCUGAGUGAUGUUGUGAUGUUCGGCAAUGAGGAUCCCUCAAGCUCAUCUCGUUUGCUCUACCUGCAAAAGGCUGAGCCGUUUGACCUCUUUGUGGUUGACGAGGCAGCGCAGCUAAAGGAGUGUGAAUCGCUGAUACCUCUGCAGAUUCCUGGGAUCUGUCUUGCUGUUCUCAUUGGAGAUGAAUGCCAGCUACCAGCACUUGUCAAAAGCAAGGUAUGUGAGGAAGCCGACUUUGGAAGGAGCCUGUUUGAGAGGCUGAGUUCUCCGGGCCAUCCUAAGCACCUUCUUGAUGUGCGGUGACGGAUGCAUCCUGGGAUAAGCAAGUUCCCUGUGUCAAGCUUUUACGGUGACCGGAUCGCUGAUGGUGAGAACGUCCUGCUACGAAACUAUGAGAGGAGGCAUCUGACUGGCCCAAUGUACGGUUCAUACUCGUUCAUCAACAUUGAGGGCGGGAAGGAAAGCUCGGGCAAGCACGACAAGAGCCUAAUCAACACCAUUGAGGUUGUUGCGGUGAUCUGGAUUGUGCAAAGGUUGUUCAAAGAGUGUGUUGGCACACGGAGCAAGCUCGGCGUGGGCGUUGUGUCACCUUACAAGGGCCAGGUUCGUGCCAUCCAGGAGAAGCUCGGGAAGACAUACGAGAUGCACAGCAGUUUCACCAUGAAGGUCCGGUCCGUGGAUGGAUUCCAGGGCGCCGAGGAGGACAUCAUCAUCUUCUCCACUGUGCGGAGCAACAACACUGGAAAAGUUGGCUUCCUUAACAACUUGAACCAUACCAACGUGGGGCUGACACGGGCCAAGCACUGUCUCUGGAUAGUAGGGAACGCAACCACAUUGGUGAGCAGCAAGACGGUGUGGCGGAAGAUAGUGGCAGAUGCCAGGGAGAGGGGCUGCUUCUUUAGCGCAAACGACGACCAGGACCUCUCAGGCGCAAUCAUCAAAGCCAUCAUCGAGCUGGACGAGGUGGAGAGUUUGCUCAACAAGGACAACCUCCGUAUUGGCGGGUCUCGCCCUGGGAAACACAAGAACAAGUAA